AUGUGGGAGUUUGCGAAUCUUUGCCAGUGGAUAUACAUUUUCGGCAAAGCUGCGAAAAUUGAUGAAUCGCUCGAAAUCGAGGAUAUCGAAACUGAAUGCCUCAAGCCUUGCUCAACACUUUUGUCAGAUAUUGCUCUAGCCCUACUCAAACUUGUUUCGCAACAUCGGGGUCUUACCUUCUGCGAUCUAGAUACACCAACCAAAAUUAUCGUUCUCCAGCAGCUUACACAAUGGGUUAUGAGCCAACCUGCGCUGCGGGAGAGAAUGGAGGAUUCACACGAUCAAACUAGCUGGAGAAUAGAGCCCUAUGGAUGGGAUGCAGAUGAUCGUACCUAUUACGUGUUGGACGACAACCGAGUCUAUCGCUUGACCGAAAUUUCGGAGCCACUUGCCGGGAAGCCACAGAAACAGAAAGCGUACAGAACGGCUCGGCGAUCCGGUAGACGUGGCCGCACAUCCGAUACAUUUUCAACCGAACACUGUGUUGCAGGCGAAUCUUUGGAGUCUGACAGCCCACAAGCAAAGAGUAACCUCGGUGGUAUGGGCUGGGAGUGUGUAGCUGUUACGCUGGAUGAUGUUCGACGCUUGGUCGACAGUUUUCGAACAACCCCCGAUGCGAACGAGAAGAUACUACGGAAUCAACUCGAUGUACAUUUGUUGCCAAUAUUGGAGAAGCAAGAAGAGUCCAGGAAGCGAAAAGAUGCGCAACACCAGCGUGAGCUGCUAAGUCUUGCCAAGAUGGCAAAUGCAAAACGCUCCAGUCGAAUUGCUGGAAAAGUCGAGCAACAGAGGGAAGAGGAGAAAGCAAAAGAACAAUGGGCAAAAUCCCAGAGGGAACUGGAAAGUCGACAACGUGAGACGCAAACGCAAAUCAAGUCGGAGCGAGAGCGGGAUUUCAGAAUGUUCUCCCGAGAAAGGAGACUGAAAGACAGGGCUGCGAGACGGCACUUACGUGAGGAAGAAUUGUCUCAGAUUUCAAAGGGCAACAGCGUCGUCCCCGAUGGGCGGGCUCGGACUUCAGAUCGGCAGCUGCAAUCAGAAAUCGAUCGCAAAAAAAGGGCGCUUAGGGCGCUGGAGGACGAGGAGGAAGAUUGGACGUUCGAUUGCGUCUGCGGCUUGUAUGGACAGGUCGAUGAUGGUGCCCACAGUAUUGCCUGUGAAAGAUGCAAUGUUUGGCAGCACAGCGACUGCGUCGGAAUCCAGGAAGCCGAAGCCGACCGUGAAGACUUUCAAUUUGUCUGCGAGAGUUGCAAGCUGCAAAUUGAUAACAGAGUCACGACUCGUAAAAUUGUGAUCAAAUUGAAAGCCAGGAGUUCUACCGAAUGGAUAGAUCUUCCCUCUGAUGGCAGACCGGUGGAGGUCAAUUCACGGCCAGCAAUACAUUCUACAAAUCUCAACGCAUUGGUAAACAAGACCGAAGUCUCCAAUGGUAAGUCUGGCAGUCAGCCGGCUACAGUACAACCCUCCACGGGCUUGAAAGCCAGCUCUGGGACCGCCGCGAGAUUAUUCUCCGACGGCAAUAGUGCAGCGGAGACUCUUUUCGAGCCAAGAUUUACACUGACCGUGGCAACGAGCGAGGGGUCGAACGAAAGGGGCACUGGCGACAAAUCAGCGUUGAAGCCGGAACACAUGACCGAGGUUGCUAUUAAUGUGGCGUCCGCGUUUGCAUUACCACUUGCCACGAAGCCACUACUACAAGCAUCAUCAUUCUCUGGCAACAUAUCUGAUAGCGCUGGCAUGGGUAGCGCUGUCAGUUCGGGCACGCUAGCAACUCAUCCGACAGCAACUCAACAAGCCCACAUAGAUGGAGUGAAUCAGAGGCAUCCAGCCAGGCCUGCGUUGGAUCGACCAACUCGGGUGCCUCGCGAUUAUACUCUGGUGGAGGACCAAAUGCAUGCGCACCGCGAAUUUGUACUACCAUCUCAGUUGCGGAACGACGAGUCAAAGAAAGAUGUCCACACGUACGCGCUUGCACCAUCGGUUCGAGUGAACCAGCAUGAGCUCCCUAUGUCACCAUCAGAAUGA